AUGUCGUACGCGUCUCGUACAAGCCCUAAUUCGCAACAUAGCGCUUCAUCCAAUAUCCCCGUGCGGAGGCUGUGCGGCUGUUUGGAUGAGGCCGAUGUUUUCACCUCUGGCACUGACGACAAUCCAUGUCGGAGGUUUUACAGGUGUCCAAAUAGAAAGGUAAAAGAUUGUGGUUUGUUUGAUCGGCUUGAUCCCGCAUUGCCUGAGUUCCAAAGGACAUGCUUCAUCAGAUUGAAGGCUGAAAAAAAGGCUUUAGAAGAAAAGUUACCGGCCAUGGAAAAACAGCACAAUGAUAGGUCGGGUGUGAAAGAAGUAAGCUUGUCUUCACUUGAGGAGCUUGAAAACAAAGUGGCAGGGCUUGAGGUUGAUGGUCACAAGAAUGCUGAAGUACUUAUGGUUCUUGAAAACAAAGUGGCAGGGCUUGAGGUUGAUGGUCACAAGAAUGCUGAAGCACUUAUGGUUCUUGAAAACAAAGUGACAGGGCUUGAGGUUGAUGGUCACAAGAAUGCUGAAGUACUUUUGGUUCUUGAGAAGACCUUAACUCAAGUAAAAAACCUUGAAAGGAAAAUGUAUGUAUUGAUGAUUGGUUUCAUUGUUGUUGUUAUGGUUGUUGUGAUGGUGUUUGGUAGAAAUGGGUAUGUCCAUUAG